AUGUGGAAGCCGACACGAGCUGAGCGAAAUCUCUCUGAGCUUAAAUUCGCCCUGGUUCGUGUUUCCUGUCUUUCGGCCCAUGAUGCCUUGACUAUUAUCCGCAAUGCCCUCAGUUUGCCCAAAUUGAUGUACUUCCUGCGUACAUCUAAACACAUUGACCCUUCUAAAUUGGGCGAAUUUGACGGAGCCCUGCGCACCGCCCUGCCGUCGAUUUGCAAUGUUCAGGAACCAUCCGGCAUUUCUGCGCAUGAUGGUAGGCGCCCGGACGGAUGCACGCUAAUACCUUGGAGAGCCGGCAGAUGUUUGGCGUGGGAUGUUACGGUCCCUGGCACCCUCGCCGAACGAUACGUAAACCUGACAAGUAAAGAAUGCGGUUUGGCCGAGGCCAGGGCAGCGGACGAGAAAAUGAAAAAAUAUGGGAACGCCCUCCCCUCGAUGGAAUUCUUGCCAAUAUUCAUCGAGGUUCUUGGCCCGAUGGACCCCAAACACCCUUAA